GUGGAAUGGCUUAAGAAUGAAGAACCGGUCAAUGCUGAACAGGAUGAAAAUAUUGAUACCCGAGCAGAUCAUAAUCUAAUUAUCCGUCAAGCCCGUCUGUCUGACUCUGGGAACUACACUUGCAUGGCAUCCAACAUUGUUGCCAAAAGAAGAAGCCUCUCAGCCACAGUCGUGGUGUAUGUGAACGGAGGCUGGUCUUCUUGGACGACUUGGUCGAACUGCAAUGCCCAGUGUGGCAGAGGAAUGCAAAAGAGAUCCCGCACAUGUACCAAUCCUGCUCCCCUCAAUGGUGGUGCUUUCUGCGAAGGAAUGUCGGUACAGAAAAUUACCUGCACAUCAUUGUGUCCCAUGGAUGGUGCCUGGGGUGUGUGGAGUGAAUGGUCCAUCUGCAGCCCUGAGUGUGAGCACUUGAGGAUCCGGGAAUGCACUUCUCCACCUCCACGGAAUGGUGGGAAAUUCUGUGAAGGUCCAAACCAAGAAUCAGAGAACUGUACGGAAGGCCUUUGCAUCCAAGACAUUGAGAAUGCAACAGAUAUAGCCCUGUACUCAGGCCUUGGGGCUGCCGUCAUCGCCGUUGCGGUCAUUGUUAUUGGGGUGACUCUCUACAGGAGGAGCCAAAGUGAAUAUGGUGUGGAUGUGAUUGACUCCUCAGCUCUGACAGGAGGCUUCCAGACAUUUAAUUUUAAAACUGUCCGGCAAGGUAACUCCUUGCUUUUGAACUCAUCCAUGCAGCCUGACCUGACUGUCAGUAGAACCUACAGUGGACCCAUAUGCCUUCAAGAUCCCAUUGACAAGGAGCUGAUGACAGAAUCCUCCCUCUUCAACCCUUUGUCUGAUAUCAAAGUCAAAGUUCAGAGUUCAUUUAUGGUGUCCUUGGGUGUGACAGAACAUUCGGGGUAUCACAGGAAAACGCAUUCUGGGACAUUUCCACAUGACAACAACAAAACCUUCAAUCCUGUGCAUGUGAAGAACAAAACGGCCUACAUCCAGAAUCUCUCGCCCCUUUCAAAGCAAAAUGAGAUGAGAGCUACCAGUGUAUUUGGUCAUCUGGGAGGACGUUUAGGAAUUCCCAACACAGGUGGGUUUCUGCCAAAUCUGCAAAUAUUUGGAAAUGCAGGCAUAAUUGGAUUCUCCCCCUUGUGUUUAUUUAAAAAUAUGCAAUAGUAAUAAAUUCUUCUAUCAGUUUUCUCUGUGAUGUGUGAACUUUUGCAUGUAGAGUAGUAAUUGUGACUAGCUGACAAUUCGGUAAAGCUGUUUUAAUCCUCCCACUGCAGCUGUGAUGUGUUUUUUUUACUUCCUAAAAAAGAAGCAUAAUAUUUUUCCUGCCUCUUUGAUAGGGAGUAAAAUAAUUUCUUAAAAAGUGUUGGACCUGCCACAACUUAAACCUCUAAAUAAAAAUGAUCCUUGGCUCCAUUGGUUGAGAAAGGUAUAGUUUAUUAGAGUCAAAUGUAUUGCAAAGUCAGAAUU